CGCACUGAAUCGUGUUCAUGUGCAGCGAAACCGGACACGUUUGAAUAAUAAUAAAAAAAAGCUUUACUGAAUUAAAUGAAUCUGGAUAUGGAUUUUUGAAGCAGAAGAAAAAGAGAACAGUUCCUGAAGACCGCUACAGGAGUGGCUAUUAAAGGCUGUUUAUGUGAUGCGUGCAUGAGUAAAUAGUUGCGCGCUCCGUCCACGCGCGUCAGCUGCGUUUCCAUCACUGGAUUUGACGGGUUCCCAUCCCAUACCAACAACGUGCAUCACUUGACAGGAAUGAAAGAAGACAGCGAUCAUGCCAUUAAAGCGACUUUGGUCCUCCAACUUUUCUGCCUCUCUCUCCUGACUUCCUUUGGGAAAGGAGAAGAGGCGUCCUGCCAUGGAGCCUUUGAUUUAUAUUUUGUGUUGGAUCGGUCAGGCAGUGUUUCGGACAACUGGAUGGAGAUCUAUGGAUUUGUGGAACAACUUACUAAUCGUUUCGUAAGCCCGAAAAUGAGAGUGUCCUUCAUAGUCUUUUCCUCUAGUGCAGAAGUAGUCUUGCCUCUCACUGGAGACAGGGCAGCUAUUGAUAGUGGUCUACAAAGUUUGAGCAAGAUCAGACCUGCUGGUGAUACCUACAUGCACGAGGGGUUAAGAAAGGUAUUAAAACAAAUGACUACCCAGGGCGCCAGAGCAUCCAGCAUCAUUAUUGCACUGACUGAUGGGAAGCUGGAGGUUUAUCCACAUGACCUUGCUGUGAAAGAGGCUAACCAGGCGAGACAGUAUGGUGCACGCAUAUAUUGUGUUGGUGUGAAGGACUUUGAUGCAAACCAGCUUGCAGAUAUUGCAGACAGCAAAGAUCAAGUGUUUCCCGUUGUGGAUGGAUUCCAGGCCCUCAAAACCAUCGUAAAUUCGAUUUUAAAGAAAUCCUGUGUGGAGAUUUUUAACCUUGAGCCCUCCAGCAUUUGCGUCAAUGAAACGUUCAACAUUGUGUUGCGAGGAAGGGGAUUCACGCAGGGAAGAACCUCAGAUGGUGUGGUCUGCACGUUAUCUGUCAAUCAACAGGAUCCUUACAAUGAGAAGCCGAGUGCAGUGAAGGAUAAUUACGUGCUGUGUCCAGCUCCAGUGUUGACCGAGGUUGGACACUCCCUCGAUGUGCUCAUUAGUCUGAAUAAUGGCCAGUCUUACAUUUCAAGUCCAAUCACAAUAUAUGCCCACGCAUGUUCUGAUGGGAUAGUGAUAGUGAUUGUCAUCCUGUUGCUGCUGGUGUUGUUGUGUUUAAUUGUGCUCUGGUGGUUCUGGCCGCUCUGCUGCAUGGUGGUAAUCAGCGAUCCACCCCCAUCUCGCCCUCCGCCUCCAUGCCCAAUACCUGAACCUGAGGAGGACCUUCUGCCGAAGAAGAAAUGGCCUACAGUGGAUGCGUCUUAUUAUGGUGCCAGAGGGCCUGGCGGCAUCACACCCAUGGAGGUUCGCUGGGGUGAAAGGGGCUCUACAGAGGAAGGGACGCGGUUAGCGAAAGCUAAAAAUGCUGUGGUCAAAAUGCCAGAGGAGGAGUUUGAAGAACCUGUAAAAAGACCCCCACCCAGACCACCACCAAUAUAUCAAGCCCCAGUCCCAGACAAAUGGUACACACCCAUUAAAGGACGUUUUGAUGCUGUGUUAGCAUUGCUGCGGAGACAAUACGACAGAGUUGCUGUCAUGAGACCCACAGCAAAUGACAAGGGGCGCUGCAUCAAAUUCACCCGGGUUCAAAGUCAUUAACAAACAUAAAGUGUCCUUUACUUUGAAGUACGUUCAGACGAGGAUUGGGGAAUCCACAGCGGCAUGAAAACAGUGUGCAACUGUACUUCUGAAUUAAAACCUUGGAGUUUUAAUUCAUACAUUUAUAAAUCUAUCCUGCCUGAUUUUUUUUUCUGCAUAUGUCUUUGAAUAUGGUUGAAUCCACUACUUUUUAACCAUUGAUAUAUAUUUUUUAGUUUUUCUAGUUAC